CUGAACUGGCUGAUGCUGCCAAGGAUAACCCCGGGUUGAAUUGUGAGGUCCCCGGCCUCGUCCCAUUGCUCGAGCUUCCUGUGCCCGUAAGCGGCAGGGGGAGAGAGAUUGGACGGGGAUCGCAGCGGCAAAGGAAGGUGGUGCUGCAGCGCCCGGGAGGGGGGGUGGUAGAGUCGGUCGAGGCAAGGAAUCGACGAUGGCUGUCGCACGGUUGGCUGGCUCUGAUGUGAUCGGACGGCGAGCCCUCGAUCUCAGGGCGACAGGCAUAGCCGACCUAGGGAGAGCGGAAGACGUUCCGUCCCGACCUCGACAGUCUGGGCAGGAACGGUGUAUAGUCUCUCGGAGUGUACCGUCGGCCUUAGUGCCUGAUUGUCCCACGUGGCGCGAGAAGCCUGUCGACGGCAAGGUCGACCGGGUUUCUCGGAUCUUCUUUCUUCGGAAUGGGGCUGAAGAACGAGAACCUGCGAGUGCUUCCCUCUCUUCCUCCUACCGCUCCUCCUCCUCCUCCUCCUCCUCGUCCCGACGAUCGUUGUCUCUUCAGCAACCGGUCUCCUGCCCAAGCUUUGCAGGAGAGCAGUUACCAGUUGGAGCAACUGCAGCGAUAUGCCAGAGGACUGGGGGUGCAUGCCAUAGCUCCUUGAUUGAACAGAAAUUUCACCCUCAGACAAGUCGCCGUCCUUGGCAGGGGCAGGCUCUCUCGUCGGGAAGUACUCGGUCUUGUCUCGACCGUUUGGAAGUGAAUGAGAAUACACUCAGGAGGGAUGAAAAGAGUAGCAGUAGCAGCAUGGAGGGAUGUGUUCUGCCUCCCCAUGGGCCAGCAGCAGAUGACUUGUUGGUGCCGAUUAAGGCGAAGAGAGAAGAGCAGGCCACGAUGAGCUUCGACCGACGCAGCUUGAUGGCUAUGGUGGUCUCCGGUGGUCUUGGAGUUCUCCUCGACACGAGUUUGGAUACGAUGACCGGCGGCACAGCUCUUGCCACACCCUUGGAGACGCCAUCGGGCAAUGGAAAGCGGAAACAUCUGCCUCUUGAGGAGAUCAAAUCGAUCAUUGAGUGUGAUAUCAAAGAGGGAAAGUACUUGUUGACCGGAGAUUUGACGAAGGAAGUUUACACAGACGACUGUCGUUUUGAGGAUCCAACCAACGUAACCAUAGGCGUCGAUCGUUAUGUACAAACGGUGAAAACCCUGUUUGACCCAGACUCGUCUAUCUUUGAGUUCCGGUCGAUUGCAGUGAGUGGCGAGAACACAAUCGAUGCAGCAUGGGUGUUGGGAGGAGUGUUGAAAUUCCCAUGGAGGCCACAUAUCUCACCAGUGAAUGGCGUUACUCGAUACACAAUCAACGAUGAUGGUUUGGUUGCCAUCCAUAGCGAGGUGUGGGAUGUAUCCCCUCUGAAAGCCCUCCUGGAGUCCUUCACUCCUUACUUCGGGAAGUGACGAGAAGCGAACGCAGGAGCUAAAACUAUCUUGUGGGGAGAGAGAGAGAGAGAGAGAGAGAGAGAGAGAGAGAGAGAGAGAGAGAGAGAGAGAGCAAAACCGAGACCACCUCCCACAUCCCUGCCAAUCAAGAGACUGGCCCUACUCCAAGAAAGAUGACCAAAGUUGUGCGUCUGUUGUUCACAAGCUCACCAGUUGCUUCCUACCAUGUACUCUUUUUCCUUCUUUUGUUUUUUCAUUUUCCCUUUUUAAGAUAAUUGACUGACUACU